AUGAACAAAACAAUGUACUCUUCAUAUUCUUUAUCCAAACGUCUUGUUUCUAUCCCUAUCUUGGCUAUACAACUCCUUCUCAUACGCAGUGUCUCGUCACUGAACCUUACCAAUGACUAUCUUAACCACAAAUGCCUCGUCAGUCAAGGGAAAUAUAGGCCUGGAGAUAAGUACGAGGACAACCUCAACUUUCUCACCCGUGAAUGCCGCGGCGACUCCUACGACUCCAAGUGCCUCUCCUGCUAUGCCACCGCCCUUUCCGGGAUCAUCCCCAAGGAAGAACGAUUAAAGGAAUGUUUUCUCUAUGCACAACCCAAACAACAUGAUCGAGGACACGGAAUUGUUCAACAAGAAAACAAGGGAUUUCCUCUACGAGCUCAUGCUGGAAGCCACUACACCCAACAGGACAAUGAUGCUUUACGCAGCAGGGGAGAAGAAGCUAGGGACAAAGAAAUUGUAUGCAAUGGUACAGUGUGCGCAAGACAUAUUGCGAUGAAAGGGUUGUUUGGAAUGGAGUAUCAAUGA